GUUUUGCACCAAACUGGACACAUGCUUGCUACUUCAUCAUGCUCAUCCUGAACAUUAUUAUUGUCAUCAUCAUUUUCCAGAUGAAGAAGGUGAAUCACAAGUCAAGUGACAGGCCAAAGGCUCCACAGGUCAUAGGAGGUAAAUCAUGUGCUUGAUUGAGAACUUUUGGCUCCCAUCACUAUGCUCUUCCCACUGUCUUAACUCUGGUUCUCACCUGAGCCAUUGUGUUUCAUCUCAGGUAGAUCUUAGUUCUGCCUGAGAAGGUAUGAAGGUGGGUAUUCCACCCUACCUGAAUUAUAGGAAUUUCAGAUAUCUGUGAGCAGGUGCAAAGGGGAUUUUACUAGAUGACAUCCUGCUGGACACACUUUAUGCCAGUCCUGAAUGUGUAAUAGAAAUAUGCAGUUUAAUGACACUGAACUACAGAACCAUAAAAUAGAGGGGUAUUAGUGAACUACAGAAAAUUCAAGUCCCAAAAGCUGUAAUACUCUGAGGACUAAAGAAAAUAUAUACGUUGAUCAGAUUUGCCCUAAGGGGUGCAUUUGAUAUAGUGUUUGUGACAAAUUCGACCCAGGAGAUCAAAAUGAUUCUCAACUCUUCUACCGAAGAUGGUAUUAAAAGAAUCCAAGACGAUUGUCCCAAAGCUGGAAGGCAUAAUUACAUAUUUGUCAUGAUUCCUACUUUAUACAGUAUCAUCUUUGUGGUGGGAAUAUUUGGAAACAGCUUGGUGGUGAUAGUCAUUUACUUUUACAUGAAGCUGAAGACUGUGGCCAGUGUUUUUCUUUUGAAUUUAGCACUGGCUGACUUAUGCUUUUUACUGACUUUGCCACUAUGGGCUGUCUACACAGCUAUGGAAUACCGCUGGCCCUUUGGCAAUUACCUAUGUAAGAUUGCUUCAGCCAGCGUCAGUUUCAACCUGUAUGCUAGUGUGUUCCUACUCACGUGUCUCAGCAUUGAUCGAUACCUGGCUAUUGUUCACCCAAUGAAGUCCCGCCUUCGACGCACAAUGCUUGUAGCCAAAGUCACCUGCAUCGUCAUUUGGCUGCUGGCAGGCUUGGCCAGUUUGCCAGCUAUAAUCCAUCGAAAUGUAUUUUUCAUUGAGAACACCAAUAUUACAGUUUGUGCUUUCCAUUAUGAGUCCCAAAAUUCAACCCUUCCGAUAGGACUGGGCCUGACCAAAAAUAUACUGGGUUUCCUGUUUCCUUUUCUGAUCAUUCUUACAAGUUAUACUCUUAUUUGGAAGGCCCUAAAGAAGGCUUAUGAAAUUCAGAAGAACAAACCAAGAAAUGAUGAUAUUUUUAAGAUAAUUAUGGCAAUUGUGCUUUUCUUUUUCUUUUCCUGGAUUCCCCACCAAAUAUUCACUUUUCUGGAUGUAUUGAUUCAACUAGGCAUCAUAUGUGACUGUAGAAUUUCAGAUAUUGUGGACACAGCCAUGCCCAUCACCAUUUGUAUAGCUUAUUUUAACAAUUGCCUGAAUCCUCUUUUUUAUGGCUUUCUGGGGAAAAAAUUUAAAAAAUAUUUUCUCCAGCUUCUAAAAUACAUUCCCCCAAAAGCCAAAUCCCACUCAAACCUUUCAACAAAAAUGAGCACGCUUUCCUACCGCCCCUCAGAUAAUGCAAGCUCAUCCACCAAGAAGCCUGCACCAUGUUUUGAGGUUGAGUGACAUGUUCGAAACCUGUCCAUAAAGUAAUUUUGUGAAAGAAGGAGCAAGAGAACAUUCCUCGGCAGCACUUCACUACCAAAUGAGCAUUAGCUGCUUUUCAGAAUUGAAGGAGAAAAUGGAUUAUGUGGACUGAACUGACUUUUCUAAAGCUCUGAACAAAAGCUUUUCUUUCCCUUUGCAACAAGACACAGCAAAGCCACAUUUUGCAUUAGACAGAUGACGGCUGCUCGAAGAACAAUGUCAGAAACUCAUUGAAUGUGUUGAUUUGAGAAAUUUUACUGACAGAAAUGCAAUCUCCCUAGUCUGCUUUUGUCCUGUUAUUUUUUUAUUUCCACAUAAAGGUAUUUAGAACAUAUUAAAUUGUUAGAGGAGCAACAGGAAAUGAGAGUUCAAGAUUGUUCUGUCCAAUUUCCAAAGGGCAGUAAAGCUUUUGUGCCUGUUUUUAGCUAUUAGCAACUGUGCCACACUUGCACCUAUUACUGCACAUUUUGUACAAAGAUUUGCUAAGCAGUAGUUGUCAAGUUUCAGAUCUUUUUGUGAAAUUCAACCUGUGUCUUAUAGGUUUACACUGCCAAAACAAUGCCCGUAAGAUGGCUUAUUUGUAUAAUGGUGUUACUAAAGUCACAUAUAAAAGUUCAACUACUUGUAAAGGUGCUGCGCGGGUCCCAAGUAGUAGUGUCUUCCUAGUAUAUUAGUUUGAUUUAAUAUCUGAGAAGUGUAUAUAGUUUGUGGUAAAAAGAUUAUAUAUCAUAAAGUAUGCCUUCUUGUUUUAAAAAAGUAUAUAUUCUACACAUAUAUGUAUAUGUAUAUCUAUAUCUGAACUGCUGUUAAUUGAUUAAAAUUUGGCAAAGUUCUAUUUACUUUAAAAUAAAAUAAUUUUAUUGCAA